CGUUCUCCGUACAAAGCAACAGUAAACCGGAUUUUCUCAUAGUUCGGCCAGCAGACCUUCCGGUACUUAUACCAGUUAAUGUCUUACAGUUAGUCGUUUGUACUCAACUUGAGCUCUCAAACAACGCAGCCGCUGAUGGUUAAAUACAGAGCUUUACGUUGUUGACAUGAUACCACACGAAACACUGAGUCUUUACUCUGACCAUGGUUGCCGUCGCUCUCAGUUGUCAGUGAACUCUUGUUCGCAUCGUUUGGCAAGCCCUUGAUUUUUGAACCAUUUUCGCUAAAAUGGCAGUCAAAAAGCCGUUUGCCAUUUCCGCUGAAAAAGAAAGGUUUCCGUCCUAUCCAGAAAUCUUGACCGAGUCCGUUUUGGUCCUGUGGUUCGCCUGUCAAAUUUGCUUGAAAUUUGGAUUACGUAUUCUUCCACAAUGGCGAGAUAGCCGCUUAGACCCGGAUCAACACAACGAUUUCGAUCUCCUACUCCAAAUGUCCGGAUUUAAAGUUAACGCCUGCUUCUGGGAUGAUGUCAUGUCGGGAUGGAUGUCACCGCAUCCGGUCACGGUCACCCACUCGACAUUGGCGGGGUUGCUUGCCGUCCCAUCAAGUGCGUCGUACAUUGUCCUUGGCUACGCGGCCACCUUGACGACAAUCCUCCUUACGGCCUUGCUCGGCGUCUCGCUCUUCUACGUGAUAUUCAUCAACCGCGACUGGACGUCUCCCGUAUCAAAGGAGCAUUUCCUGUACUGCCGUGGAUUGGCAGCAUUGAGCACAAAGCACAGCCGGAUGUUUGCCCGUAUUCAGCUGCCAGAUUACGUAACGGCCGUGCUGGUCGUGGUGGCCGUUUCCAUCGGCCCCGUUGUUCACUAUGCUGUGUGGGUGGUCUUCAGUGCCUUACCGGUGGUGCUUGUGGCAUGGAUGUCAGUCAUAGCGGCUGUAGCUGUAUUUGGCCCUUCCGCGGUGUUCCCUGGCUGUGUUCUCUUUUCCAUCGUUUUGGCCGUUUAUUGUUGUGGCAGAAUUUGGGGAGUGUGGAUGAAUGAGACGUAUUCUUCACUGAUUAAAACGGGAAUCAGGAUAUUAAUUCCUGGGAAAUCCACGGUGAAACCUUCACCGAUAGCUCCUUUAUCGGGAAAGACGCUCAUAGGCUUGGACAGCAGCCAACGACAAGAAGACAUGGACGGCGCUCUUCGUAGCUUGUUGGCCUUUUUUUUGGGAUGCAUUGCUGUUUACUACAACGUCUGGCCAUUGUGCCAACAGUUUCCGGUAGUCAAUCAAUGGCAGAGCACAACCGGAAGCGCCAACUGGACAUACUGGCACGUUACUAAUACGACAGGGUCCUGCAGCAAGCACGGAACAAAUUUCGAUCAAGGCACGGCGAUGCUCUCAUACUGGGUGGAUUUGCAAUCGGAGGAGCUGCGCUCUUUGCACACCUCUAAUUCCGAGCUGCUGGCCAGCUUCACCCCGCGCUACCCAUCGGCCGUCGGCUGGGCCUUCCUGGUGUGGAGUGGAGUGCUGUCUGGCGCCACUGGUGUACCGUUCACGGGUCUGCAGUACGCGCAAGCGAUCCUCAUUGGCCUGGUCGUGUUGCUCGUCGGAGGACUACUUUUCUACGACGGGGUGAGCGCCUGCUACAGCAAAUGGCGUCGGCGUGUCAUGGGUCAACGAAGCGCGGAGGCCAGCGACAGGGACAAGUCGCAACUGCUACCUGCGGACGUUGCGGUGGAAGCGACCGGAGUACUGGACAUCCCGCCAUCAGAUAAAACGCCUGUUUCAGCUGACGUGGCAGCGAAUGGUACAGGCAUUGCGCCAUCCGAUCCUAUGGAAGGGAAUACACCAAGCGACCAAGUAACGGCUGAAACUAAGAGCGAACACGGUGCGCCGAUGUCUAUCGAUCCGCCGCCCAUGGCUUCCACGGCGAAUAUUGUCGCCGCAGAGGCCAGAGCACCUUUUUGCCUUUGUGAACAACUGGGCAGCACCUGGGUGAUCGUGCUGGGCGCUCAUUGCCCGUUAGUCUGCAUGGUACUCCCGUAUUCCCUGGUGGGUCUGUCACUGCCUGAAGAACUGCAGCUGCCCGGGCUCCUGCUGCUGCUGACGGCGUACACAGUGUGGAUGUACGGCAUGUUGGUGAAGUUUGUAUGGGAGAUGUGUUGCGGUGUGCAGUCCAUUACAGCGGAAUCGAAGUGCCGGCGUGCCAGCUGUGGAGGCGGUACAGCGACCACCCGCCCCAAGCAGUCAACUGCACAACCGCCUCGCAUGAAAUAGUUGGGUUGGUUUCCGCGCCGGUUCAGUGUUUAAUAGCCUUGCGACAUCGGGCACGUUUAUGAUUGUUACGAUCCUCAGAAAGGCUUAAUUUUUUGUUUGGUAAAAAUUAAUUUAGCCUUUCAAAUUCCGAGCUUUGGCUAAGCAAAAUAGCAAAUACCGAUUAAUACUAAAUAGUAAACAGUAUUUGCUAGUCUGCUUAAAAUUUUUAAGUUAAUACGAAGAUACAAAAACUAAUAUUAAUUUUUGAUUAAUUUUUGCAACCACAAUUUCUUAAGCAUUCGCUCUGCUCCGCUAUUCGAGCAUUUCCACGUUUCUCGUGCCCAUAAUAAUAAUUGUGCCCGAUGUCGUGUGGCCCCGUCUGUAUUAUGCGUUCAACGGUUGCCGGCAAGGAUAUUGUGGAAUUAUUUCAAUUGUUACUGUAAACUUGCUUGAAGUGGUCACUGAGUUAGGAGGCGUCCACUACCGAGUCGCUUCUCACCCACACAGUCUGGGUUAGGACUCAUAACGUCCGCUGUGUGGAUAACAUUAAGUUUCGUUGAGGUGAAAAUUUUGAUUUAGGUGUACGGUAGAAAGCCCGCACAGCCGCCCGGCUUUCAGAUGGACAUACUUCUACUGCGCUAGACCUUAAAAACCUACAUAUUUAAACGCAGAAUCUACCUUGAAAAUUAUUCGCAUGCAUCAGUGAGGCCAUUUUUAAAACUCUGUUUUCUCAACAUGGUGAGAUUGAUACGUGUAAAUAAUUAAUAAACAGUCCAGUGGAAUCCAAAACAUACCCGUAAAUUAAAACUCUUCAAAUCACAGCCUAAGAACCACCCCGUGUCUACUGAUUUGUGCAGGUCACGAACGUUGUCGUAAGAUUAACGCUCGGUACUUACUGCUUUGGCGCAAUAACAGUGACAGUUCAAGCGAGUUUACAGUACAAGAUUUGAAGAGUUCCGAAGACGAGCAUCACCCGCAGGAUUGUCACCAUGAUUAUCAUUAUCGAUUAUGGAAAAUCUCCGUGUUAACUCCCGUAUUUCCCGCUUCAUAAU